UGGUUCUCUUUCCCAGAACAAGAAAGUAAUUUGGCUGCAGCAUUUGGGACUCCCUGGAGUCUAGAGAGUAGAGAUUUCAAGAGGCCAUGGGAAGAGAGAAUUUCCAAAAUUCCAGAAUGCUUGGACAUGAUCAAAGCUGACAGCCUCCUGCCUGUGGAAAAAAUGCAGAAAAAUGAGUACAAAAUCCGUCUACUGUGUAAAUUCUGUGAUGUUAAGCAGACAACUUGCACGCACCAAGGUCACUGCAAUAGCAACUGCAGCAUCACUUCCAUCUGUGAGAAUGAUGAUGAAAUCUGUGUAGCAGUGUGGAGACAGAAUGAUUCAAACACAACUUUAGAAACAAUAUGUCACAAUCCUGCUCUGCCACUCUCUGGACACAAAUUGGAGGACUCUGAAUCAAAAACCUGUGUGAUGAAAGAGAAGAAAGCAGCAGGGGGACUGAUGUUCAUGUGCUCCUGCAAAGAGGACGAAUGCAAUGAUGAUAUUAUUUUUUCAGAAGUAAGUCCCCCAGAGACCGAAGAGACAGGAGAGACUGUUAAAGUGAUGCUAGUAAGUCUCGCCCCGUUACUCAUGAUCACCCUUGCUGUGAUCAUUAUCUUUUAUGGCUACCGUAUUCAUAGGAGAAGGAAGCUCAACAAGGCAUGGGAGAAGAAUGUAAAGCCCAGGAAACAUAAGGACUGCAGCGAUGUUUGUGCCAUUAUGAUAGAUGAUGACCGCUCGGACAUCAGCUCCACCUGUGCCAACAACAUCAACCACAACACCGAACUGCUACCCAUCGAGCUAGACACCCUCGUGGGCAAGGGCAGAUUUGCUGAAGUCUACAAGGCCAAGCUGAAGCAAAAUACAUCUGAGCAGUUUGAAACCGUGGCUGUCAAGAUCUUCCCCUAUGAGGAGUAUGCAUCCUGGAAGACCGAGAAAGACAUUUUUUCAGAUAUAAACCUCAAGCAUGAGAACAUCCUUCAGUUCCUGACAGCAGAGGAACGCAAGACAGAGCUAGGGAAACAAUACUGGUUGAUCACUGCCUUCCAUGCGAGAGGGAACUUGCAGGAAUACCUUACGCGGCACAUAAUCAGCUGGGAGGACCUGUGGAAGCUAGGUGGGUCUUUGGCCCGCGGGAUUGCCCACCUGCAUAGUGACCACACACCUUGCGGUCGACCCAAAACACCCAUUGUGCACAGAGACCUAAAGAGCUCCAAUAUCCUAGUGAAAAAUGAUUUAACCUGCUGCCUCUGUGACUUUGGGUUAUCCCUGAGGCUUGAUCCUACUCUGUCUGUGGACGACCUGGCAAACAGUGGGCAGGUUGGCACUGCAAGAUACAUGGCUCCUGAAGUCCUGGAAUCCAGGAUGAACUUGGAGAACGUUGAAUCUUUCAAGCAAACGGAUGUGUACUCUAUGGCUUUGGUCCUAUGGGAAAUGACAUCUCGUUGUAAUGGUGUUGGAGAAGUGAAGGACUAUGAGCCCCCAUUUGGCUCUAAAGUUCGAGAGCACCCUUGCGUUGAGAGCAUGAAGGACAAUGUCUUGAGAGACAGAGGGCGUCCUGAGAUCCCUAGCUCCUGGCUCAACCAUCAGGGUAUCCAGAUGGUGUGUGAGACUCUGAUUGAGUGUUGGGAUCAUGACCCCGAAGCCCGGCUCACUGCGCAGUGCGUGGCUGAGCGUUUCAACGAGCUGGAGCACCAGGACAAACUCUCAGGAAGAAGUUGUUCAGAGGAAAAAAUCCCGGAAGACUGCUCUGUGAGCACCACCAAGUAGCGACCAGCUCCAGCUUGCAUCAAGGAAGGAGGAGAUUGCUCCUGAAUUCUUACAGCUUGGGAAAAGCAAGUGGUCCUGAUCAGUGUCUGGACUUGCUUCCUACAGUACUGAGGAUCUGACUGCUCCGUUUAAAUGGUGUCUCCAGAGGGGGACAAGAAUUUGUGGGAACCAAAAAUAGGGAGUUGGUGUCAAACCGUGGCUGCCUUUCAUGUUGUCAAAGGCUAAGCUGUGUUAGCACUUCCUCAGGAAACAAAAUUUGACAAUAGCCAAUAAUAUUUGCACUUUAUUAAUACCUGUAUAUAACUACAGAAUAGCUAUUUU